CGCGUCUCGCGCAUCAGGUCGUGCCGAGGAGGUCUGAGCGCCCGAGUGAGCACGUGGCUGCUGGCUUUUUGACUUGCGAGACUCGAGGAAGAGACUGGGACACCGGGGUGUGCGUCAGUGCCGCCGAGAAGGAGCGAGUGCUCCGUGAAGGGACGUCGCUCCCAUCUGGAACAGAAUCGUCGACGUAUACAAGGCCGUCAACCUGGAGCCUACGUGCCAAAAGCGGCGGAAAUGUGAGGCCGACGGGAAGGACGCGAAAGCUGAGCUGACGGCGCAACGCAAUAUGUUCCCUAGCGCUCAAAUUAAAAUGAGUAUUUCUGUUAGAUUGAUGUCGCCAAGCAGCUCGCCGGCAACGUCACCCACGAUGUCGAACUCGUCGUCGCCGACGCCCCCGACGCCCGCGACCUCGACCUACAACCAGAAGAUAACGGGGAUCCCGUGCGUCGCCGCGGCCUCGCGCUACACCGCACCGGUGCACAUAGACGUCGGCGGCACCAUCUACACCUCGUCCCUCGAGACCCUUACCAAAUAUCCCGAAUCAAGAUUAGCAAAAUUAUUCAAUGGCAGCAUUCCCAUAGUUUUGGACUCAUUAAAGCAACACUACUUCAUUGAUCGGGAUGGUGGAAUGUUCAGACAUAUAUUAAACUUUAUGCGAAAUUCCCGAUUAUUAAUACCCGAGAAUUUUGCCGACAUCGAUCUACUACUCGAAGAGGCGCGAUACUUCGACAUCGCACCCAUGAUCCGGCAGCUCGAGCUCAUGAAAAAGGAAAACAUAAAGAAUGGAGGAGCCCCGUCCUCGAGCACCCCAAGUCCACCACCGGACCAAUCGCUCCAACGUGGCAGUGCCAGCUCGAACAACGUGGGUAGCUCGGCCCCGACCACACCUCACCGUGACCACGACUCCAAGCUCCGCAAUGAGAGCUACGAGUGCGUCGCCCUCCACGUAAGCCCCGACCUCGGGGAGCGCGUGAUGCUUUCGGGGGGUCGGGCCCUCCUCGACGAGGUAUUCCCGGAGACGACGCAGACGAUUCUCGAGGCUCGCUCGGGCGUCACCUGGCACCAACAGGAAACCCGUCACGUGAUACGCUUCCCCCUCAAUGGCUACUGCAAGCUCAACAGCGUCCAGGCGAUCACGAGGCUGCUGAACGCGGGAUUCCGAGUAGCCGCGAGCAACGGCGGUGGUGUCGAGGGCCAGCAGUUCUCGGAGUACCUCUUCGUCAGGUCUCUGCUGAUCAACAAUACUUGACGCUGCUGGCACCAAGAGCCACUCGACCAGCAGGGGAAGACGGUCCUGAGAGCGCGUGCAAACGAAGAGCUCGAGUAAAAAUUUCCGACCGAGUUCAACGAGUUCCGACUUACCCAGACCCGC